AUGCCAAUGUUAUUGGAAGUUUUCUCAGAGGAAGAUAGCUACGAAGACGAAGAGGCUAAUGAUAAUCAUAUCACAACGGUUCUAGAAAGCUUUCAUCUCAACAUCGCCUCUGAAUGCAGCGCUUCCCAGAUCGGUCUAUGGGUUAGAAUCGCUGUCGAUCGAACUCAACAGAGUGAUGUUCUUCUGGAUGUUCCUUCUUCUCAGUUUACCUUCCGUUCCCUCGUAAAGCUACGCCUUCUCUCUGUCAUUUACUCAGACGAUGAAUCUUUCUCUAGCCUUAUAUCAACCUGUCCCGUCCUUGAAGAGUUAGCUGUGGAGACGCGUCCCCAGACAAUGCUCGGUAUCCCCGUGGUACACUGGACGAGUAUGCUUGUGAGUUUGCUCCACCAUUCUCCUAAACUACAAGCUCUCAAGCUUGUUCAGGACCAUGGGAUGCCUGCGGAGCGGAAGAGGUUUGAGUGGAGAGACUAUGAAGGAACAAAAGUUGAGAAAGAAGUGGCGAUUUAUAUUUUGAACAACGCGAAGCGGUUAGUGACUGCAACUAUCUAUCCUUUCUCAGUUAGUUUGGUGCGCAAAUGUAAGAUGUUUGAGGAAGUGGAAAUUGCAACCAGGAGUUUAAGAGCAUUCAAGUUGGUGCGCAAACAUCAGAUCUUUGAGGAAUUUGAAAUAUUGCAACCAGAAGGGCAAAAGCAUAUGGGAGCUUACAAUGAGAAACUAAUCGUACAAGAGAGUUGA